UUUAAACGGAUUCUGGAAUCAACUAACACAACUAAACUUCCCUACUCCCUUCUAUGUAAUGUCCAUGUAAUCGUUCAACUUUCUCAAUCAAUUGGUUACUCAAUUCGAAAUCAAGUCUUCCUUCAUCAUCUAUUCUCAAAAAAUUCAUUAAAUCAAUCAAACUGGAUAACUCAAAUUCAAACUCAGAGCCUGACAUGUUUCCCGGAAUCCUGGAUCGCAUUAGAAUAGCCUGUAACCCCCAGGUAUCAGUGAGAGUUCGCGGGGAAUGGUUUGCCGUUCCUUGCACCAAGACAUCCACCACGGUGCGUAUCCUAGGGGAGGAGGCACUGAAAAGAUACCAAAAAUUGAAGCCUCUUAGUUCUCAUGUUUCUGGAAGAGAGGAGACGAUCUAUCAAAUCCGCAAAACUAAAGGAGGAGCUCUCUUGGAUCCUGAUGAUGAAGUGGGUUAUGUUCUUGAUGACAACGACUUCGUUUCAGUCGUUUUGGAGACAGAUAGACCAAAUCCAGUUACUGCACCAGCUGAAAUUCAUUAUGUACCUGAGCAAGUACCUGGAAAGUUCACAGCUCCCUCUGAAUAUAUAACUCUUGAUGGCUACAACUUAGCACCAGAAGAUCUAUUAAAACUUGGAAAGGGGCUCUAUAAAAUAAGACUGAGCGUGGAUUCUCAAGAAAGAGUUACCCGUUCCAGAGGAUUGCUAGAAACAAUUUUAAAACAAAACAAAGUGGCAUACGGUGUUAAUACAGGAUUCGGGAAAUUUGCUAAUACAGUUAUUAGUGAUGAAAAAAUUAUUGAACUUCAAGUAAAUUUGAUUAGAUCACAUUCUGCAGGUGUUGGUCAACCGUUAAGUCCUGAAAAAACAAGAAUGUUGAUGGCCUUGCGCAUUAAUGUUCUGGCAAAAGGAUACAGCGGAAUAUCUCUGGGUACUAUCAAGCAAGUUGUUGAUGCUUUCAAUGCUUCUUGUUUGCCAUGGGUGCCAGAAAAAGGAACCGUUGGUGCCAGUGGAGACUUGGCACCUUUAGCUCAUCUGGCCUUGGGUCUCAUUGGGGAAGGCAAAAUGUGGAGUCCAGAAUCUGGAUGGGGUGAAGCUAAAUAUGUUCUUGAAAGUCAUAAUUUGAAGCCCAUAUCUCUUGGCGCUAAGGAGGGCAUUGCUUUAUUGAAUGGAACACAACUCAUCACUUCAAUUGGCGCCGAAGCAUUACAGAGAGCAGAAAAUAUUGCUAGACAAGCUGAUGUAGUUGCUGCUCUGUCACUAGAAGUAUUGAAAGGAACUACAAGAGCAUUUGAUGGAGAUAUUCAGAAAGUUCGUCCUCAUCGUGGUCAAUCACAAGUAGCUAAACGAUUAAGAUCUUUACUUCACUCGGACACACAUCCUUCAGAAAUGGCCGAGAGUCACAGAUUUUGCAACAAAGUUCAGGAUGCUUACACGCUGAGAUGUUGCCCACAAGUCCAUGGCAUUGUUCAUGACACAUUGGAGUUUGUAAGAGACAUCAUCACUACUGAAAUGAAUAGCGCCACAGAUAAUCCCCUUGUGUUCGUAGAAAGAGAAGAAAUCAUUUCUGGUGGGAACUUCCACGGUGAAUACCCUGCAAAGGCUUUGGAUUACCUUGCCAUUGCAGUUCAUGAAUUAGGUAGCAUGAGUGAAAGAAGAUUAGAGAGACUAAUAAAUCCAGCCCUCAGUGGUCUACCUGCCUUUCUUGUCAAAGAUGGUGGAUUAAAUUCAGGAUUCAUGAUUCCACAUUGUACAGCUGCGGCUUUAGUUUCAGAGAACAAAGUUCUUUGCCAUCCCGCAUCAGUUGAUUCUUUGCCAACUAGUGCGGGAACUGAAGACCACGUCUCAAUGGGAGGAUUUGCAGCCAGAAAAUCACUAAUGGUGGUUGAGAACGUUGAAAGAGUAAUUGCUAUCGAAUUAUUUGCUGCUUGUCAAGCUAUAGAAUUUUUAAGACCUCUGAAGACAACAGCUCCCCUAGAAGCUAUUUAUGAAAUCGUCAGAACAGUUGUAAAGCCUUUGGAUAAAGAUCGUUUCAUGGCUCCGGACAUCGAUGCAGUGACUGAACUUCUCCGCGACGAAAAGAUCUGGAAUGCAGUGAAACCACACAUGGAUCGCUAUUUCAUGGAACAAGGUGUUGAAACCAGGCCCUCUUCACCCACAACAAGCAGUACACACAGUAGUCAGAGUAUCUAUGCUUACAAAAAACGUCGCCAUACCAGCAAUGGCUCCAAUGGCUACUCUGAAAGUUACCUUGUCACAUAUGAUGGUGAGGAAGAAUUGAAUCACAAAAUGCCAAUGAAAAGCUUAAGACCAUUGUAUGCGGUGGAAGAAUGAAACACUAAAAAGAAUAUGCCGAUUAAAAAAAUAUCCGGACUAAUACGUUUUAACGUAUAAGGAUAUAUAAAUUAUGAUUUUAUAUUGAGAGAGUUUCAAUGAUUCUAAAUAUAUUGUUAUACUCAAAUUAAAAGCAAAGUUAAAAAAACAUUUAUUAAAAAAUUGUGAUUGACAUAAACUUUAAAUUCUUCAUAUUAAAACAAGAAACAUCAAGAAAAUAAGUGGCGUGUAGUAUUUACUUUAUGAAUAUUAAAAGGGGUUAAUUAUUUUAUAGGGACUACUCUAUUAUAACAGCCUUUCAUCUAGCAAUAAAUAUUUUUUUUUAAAUUCUAUUCUGUUAGCAUAUUUUAAAACACUAUGUUUAAAGUUUUUAGAAUGAUUUUAGUAUGUUUCGAAAUUUUAUAUUUCUUUCAGUACAUUUUUUACCCACGCAAAGUUUGAAUUGGCCAAAAUGAUCGGAAGAAGAUAAAAACUUAUUUCUUUUUUAAAUAUCACUAAUUUUGAAAAUAUUCUUAUUCCAUGUGAUACCAAAAAAAAAAAAAACUUUUAUAAAUAUAUUUUUUUUAAAAACAUUCAGUUCCUAUUCUAUUUAAGAUUUAGAAGCGAAGGUGCAGUAUAAGUAUAUAAGCAAUAAAAUGCUACACUAUUAAACUAGAAAAGCUAAAAAAUAAACAAAAAAAGGAUUUAACCACUUAUAAAUAAUUAAAUGUUAUUAUAAAAAUCGCAUUUCUUACAAUAACAUAAGCAAAAAUAUUCAUACCGUAGUUAACAUUUCGAACACGUACCAUAACUACAUUUUAAAAAAAGUACCAUAUUUUGAAUAGCUAGUGUUAAGCAUCGUCAAAUGGGAUUUGUUUCAUAACACAUUAACUGUAGGUGUUUUAUUAAAACUAAGUUCGUAAAUAAAAUGU